CGCCCACUCGUGUCAGAGAGUUUCAUGAUCUGUCACUUUGGUACUAUGUGGAUUUCAUGUUUGCACUGGAGGACACCUCCUCGGAUAGACUAGGGUACUGAUUUUGACAGCGGUCUUUUACUGCUCAAUGAUAAGUAGUUGAAACUUUCAACCUUUUCGAAAAACUAUUCAUUUUUCCCACCGUUUUUUUCCUUUUACCGCGUAUUAGAAAACGAAAAAACUGCACCCAUGCGCCUGAGUCCAAAGUUACCGUGCUAGCCAACGCUAGCUACUUACUUCAAAAAGCUAUGCUUUGCCAAACUAAACUGGGAUUUAAAGGUCAACUCUCAGGUAGCAUAGCUUUCCUUUCGCUUAUCCUUUAAGGGAACAGUGCAUAUUUUCACCUGGUACCUUCGCUAGCAGCAUUCUGCUAGCAAUAUUUCAAAGAAAUGGGAUUACACCCUCUGGAAUUCAGUGAAUGCUAUCUGGACAGCCCAGGCUUCAGGGAGAAAAUCAAGUCACACGAAGCAGAGUUGGAGAAGACCAACCGUUUUAUCAAAGAACUCUACAAGGAUGGAAAGAAUCUUAUCAAUGCCACAAAGCAGCUUGGGAUGGCACAGAGGAAGUUUGCCCAGUGCCUUGGUGAAUUUCAGUUUGAGUACAUUGGCGAUGCGAAGACGGAUGAUGAGAAAUGUAUUGAUGAUUCAUUACUAGAAUUCUCUUCUUUUCUCAAGAACCUGGAGGACCAAAGAGAGCUUAUGAUGAGGAACAUUACAGAAACAUUGAUGAAACCCCUUGAGAAGUUCCGUAAAGAGCAACUGGGCGCGGCAAGGGCGGAAAGGAAGAAGUAUGAGAAGGAAACGGAGAAGUACUACAGCUCCUUGGAGAAGCUUUUGAACAUGUCAGCAAAGAAGAAGGAGCCUCAGCUCCAAGAGGCAGACAGCCAGGUAGAGGUCAUGAGGCUGCACUUCCAGGAGGAGUCCCUUGACUACGUAUGCAAACUGCAGGAGAUCCAGGAGAGGAAGAAGUUUGAAUGCGUUGAACCGAUGCUGGCCUUUUUCCAGACAGUCUUCACCUUUUAUCACCAGGGAUUUGAGCUUGCCAAUGACUUUGACCAUUACAAGCAGGACUUGCAGAUAAAUAUCCAGAAUACGAGGAGUCGGUUCGAGGGGGCACGGCUGGAAGUGAACGAGCUGAUGAAGCGGAUCAGGGAGGCGCCACAGGAAUACAGACAGACCAGUCCGAUAAGCAGCGAGGGCUACCUUUAUGUACAAGAGAAACGACCACCUCCCUUUGGUUCGAGUUGGGUGAAGCGCUAUUGCACGUUCGUCAAGGAGCAGAAGAUCUUGCACAUGGUGACCUUUGACCACAGAUCUGGUGGAAAGAUGGGGGAAACCGAGUCGGUCACCCUAAAGUCCUGUGUCCGCAAAACUACAGACGUGCUGGAUCGGAGGUUCUGCCUGGACCUUGACAUCACAGAUCGUCCCGGGACGGUCCUGACAGUACAGAGCAUGUCCGAAGAUGACCACAAAUUCUGGAUGCAGGCCAUGGGAGGGAAGGAGCCUCUCGGACAUUAUCUUGGAAGGACCUGCUCCAAAGAAAGAGGAAGUAUGUGUCUAGUUGAGAUGGAUCAAGUUUCAACUAAGUUUUUGUCUAACUUAUUGGGGAUGGUUCAAGCUUUUCUUCUCAAACUUAUUUCUUCCACUGUAGUUGAUGCCCAGUUGGAUGACUUGGGCAUGGGCUUUGUGCAGAACUCGAUCAACGCCAUAGAGAAAAGAGGCAUCAAUGACCAGGGCUUGUACAGAGUGGUGGGGGUCAGUUCCAAGGUCCAGAAGCUCCUCGCACUAAUGAUUGAAGAGAAGAGCCACGAGGUGGAUCUGUCCACCAGUGAAGAAUGGGACGUUAAAACGAUAACCAGUGCCCUGAAGCUUUACCUGAGGAGCCUUCCUGAGCCAUUGAUGACCUAUGGACUUUAUAAAGACUUCAUCAAUCCUGCAAAGAGUGGUAGUCCAGAGUCUCGUUUCCAAGCCAUCCACUGCCUGGUCCACAAACUGCCCGACAAGAACCAACACACCCUGGGGCUCGUUCUCAAGCAUCUGGCCAAUGUUGCAGACCACAGUAAGCAGAACCUGAUGACCGUAGCCAACCUGGGCGUGGUGUUUGGCCCCACACUGAUGAGACCCCAGGAGGAAACCGUGGCGGCCAUCAUGGAUCUGAAGUUCCAGAACAUUGUGGUGGAGAUCCUCAUCAAGCAGCACCAGAAGAUCUUUGCAGGAGCCCCAGAAUCGUGCCCUGCGUCGGGCGGCCCGGUACUGCUGGCCCCGACCAGGCAGUCCAAGAAGGUGGCUCGCCAGAACAGACCUCUGGCCGUGUACAACCCCCAGGCCCUGGACAUCAAGAGUGCAGUCUCACCGGAUGGAAGCAGUCCCACCCCAGCAGCAGAUGACGGCUCAACGGGUAGCAGUGAUUCGGUGGAGUCGCAGCCCUCCUCACACAGCCCCCCCCUGGCCACGCCCUCAGACACCCCUCCAGAGAAGAGUGGCCACACCCCGCUCUCGUCCCCCCUCAGCAACACAAGCACUGGGGGCGGAGCCUCCCACGCCGGCUCUGCAGGCUCCCGGGAGACCAACCUAACCGGCGCUGUAUCUUCUGAUGAAGCCCAAGCAGAGGAGAGCGUCCCGGUGGCCAGGAAGGCCGAGGCGGUGUACCCUUGCGAGGCGGAGCACGACUCGGAGCUCUCCUUCCUGAUCGGCGCCAUAUUCACCGGCGUGACCCCAUCGAGGGAGCCCGGCUGGCUGGAGGGGGUGCUGGACGGGAAGAGGGGCCUCAUCCCGGAGAACUAUGUCAAGUUCCUGUAGCCGCUUGCUCCAAUACAAAGCAAGACGGAGCGGAUGGAGAUCCAGGGGAGCUAAAAAUCAAGAACGAACGGGGGGGGG